GGAGGGGGCAGCUCCAUGAUACGGAUACAGGACGAGGGUAUGGAACAGUUGGACAAGCGUGAACUGUGCGCUUUAUAGAUAAAAACUUGCACAUGUAGACAGCUGGCGUGCGCGUCUACUAUGCGUCCACAGGCACGUCCAAGAUGCAAUGGAAUUGAUAAACGCACCUUUCUUUUAAAUUGUAGUAGCCAUGUAAACUAGCGGGUGAGAAUGUUGAGGUUGAGAACAGUGCUGCAGACUCCAAUUAGAUUAGUUUAUUGGAUUGGCUGCAACAGAUUAUAGAGCUCCUGUUUCGAAGACGCAGUAUACGAGAAAGAAGCGUAUUAUCCAAUAAUUUUACUCCUGUGGACGUCGACAAAAAUAAGGGCAGCCAUGUUGACCACCUUAAUGGACGGCCUCCUCUGCUGCCUGACAGGGAAGUCGGCCAACGUCGUGGUUCCCAUAGAAACCUCGGAACCCGCCGACGGCUACGAGUUCGUGGAGGUCAAACCGGGUCGUGUCCUGAGGGUACGACACAUCAUCCCAGAGCGGGAGGUGGUGGAUGAGCCCAGCGGGCCGGGGGGAAGCGUCCACUGUAAGAGAAAGAUCACAGUGUACCGUAACGGACAGCUACUGAUAGAGAACCUGGGGGACGCGGUGAGACAGGAGCUGUUACAUGCCCAGAACGGAGAAACAGAACGCAACUGUACCGUGGAGGUGGAGCUCGCGGAUCCACCUUCCAAUCCAACUCCCACCCCUGACUCCAAAGUGGACAAGACAGGGUCAGUGGUUGGAACAGGGGGAGCGGCGACAUCUCCAGCCCCGACCCUCGGAUCAGCCCCAGAUCCGACCCAGCAGCCCCAGAAGCGGCGGCGGAAGCCCAAACGCACAGUGGUGAUUGACAGCGAGAGGAAGAUCACGUCGUGUAAGGGGACACAUGCGGACGUGGCACUGUUCUUCGUGCACGGCGUGGGCGGUUCCCUCGACAUCUGGGGCAGCCAGCUGGACUUCUUCUCCCGUCUGGGCUAUGAGGUCAUCGCGCCCGACCUGGCGGGUCACGGGGCGAGCUCGGCGCCUCAGAUCGCGGCAGCGUACACUUUCUACGCCCUGGCUGAGGACAUGAGGGCCAUCUUUAAGAGAUACGCACGGAAGAGGAAUAUCCUCAUUGGACACUCCUACGGUGUGUCGUUCUGUACGUUUCUGGCCCAUGAGUACCCAGACCAGGUCCACAAGGUAGUGAUGAUUAACGGAGGAGGUCCCACAGCGCUGGAGCCCAGCCUCUGUUCCAUCUUUAACCUGCCCACCUGUGUCCUGCACUGUCUCUCCCCCUGCCUCGCAUGGAGCUUCCUCAAGGCUGGGUUUGCCCGUCAGGGUGCGAAGGAGAAGCAGCUGUUGAAAGACAACAAUGCUUUCAACGUGUCUUCCUUCGUGCUGCGUGCCAUGAUGAGUGGCCAGUACUGGCCUGAAGGCGACGAGGUGUACCACGCAGAGAUCACAGUGCCCAUCCUGCUGGUGCACGGCAUGUACGACAAGUUUGUGCCCGUGGAGGAGGAUCAACGAAUGGCAGAGAUCCUGUUGCUGGCCUUCCUGAAGAUAAUCAAUGAGGGCAGUCACAUGGUGAUGAUGGAGUGUCCCGAGAGCGUCAACACCCUCCUACACGAGUUCUUCCUCUGGGAGCCUGACUCCCCGCCCAAAUCCAAACCCCGCCCCGAAAUCGCCGCCAAGAGACCCGAAACCGCCAAGAUCCCCACCGCAUCCAACGGGGGAGCAACACCAGAAAGCAAAGCCAAGACCAAGUAACCCAGAGGGGGAUGGAUGUGUGUUAUUGACUCCAGUCAAAGCUGACACAGCCAGUGGUGUGACUGUCGACCAUGGCUGGUUGUGCUAGGCAUGUCUCCUCAGGUGCAGGGAGCUGGUUUGAACUGGUUCUGAGCUGGUUUGAACCGGUUCUGAGUUGGUUUGAGGUGGGAUUUGAGGAGGUGGAACACAGCACACAGGGUCAGACGGGACCAUAUUGGGUCUGAGCCACUGCGCCACAACAGAGAGGAAGGACAGGAGGGCUGGCAGGUAUGGAUGGACAGAGGGACGUAAAUGAGGACAACAGGACCAGGAACUAUUGUAUUGUUCCUGGUCCUGUUCUGAUUGAGUGACUGGUCCCUGACUGGGGCUGGAGACAGCUCUGAAGAGGUGCUGAGUUGGGGAGGAUGGUCAUGGUCAAUCCGGUAAUGGUAUUGGUUUUGUGUGUUGCCGCUGUGUGGUACCAGGACCCAGGUGUAGACUCUCUCCCCUGCGAUGGCUUGUCAGUUGCCCAACCAGUGGGAAUGUCAGAACAUGGGUGGAUCAGAGAGCGAAAAAUAAUGUAUUGGAAGGGAUCAACUGACACAGGAAAAUAACUAGCCAAGAAGACUGCUUGUUAGGCCCAGAUUCAGUCAGUUCCAGGGCUAACCCGCGAUAACUGACAACUGCUGCGUAGCUGUUUCAUUGUCUUUGUUUAGGCGAUGUCAGAGGUGUAGCUGCGUUGGAGCUGUCAAAUCUGUGAGCGGCUGCUCUUGUCGUCAUUGUCACAAAACCACACACAUUCUUAAAUCCCACCCACAUUAGAUGUUCAGAAAUAAUGAGG